UAUGUCCAGAAAUGGUUUUAUAUAAAGUGUUGUGUAUAAUCGGCUUUUGUAUAUUAUACAAUAAUUUUGUAUCUUCAGAUCAGAAUGAAACGGUUGUAGUAACAUCUACCUCAAACAUUAAACACAUCGAAGUCCCAACAUCCGAUCACCCAGUUUUAGUCUGGAUGGAAGUACGGAAAGGGAUAUUUCCAAACGUAACAAAUGAUUUGGUUUCAGUAACAAACGUAACAGUUGGAGACCCCAUAUCUUUAUUCGUUUUCUACAAGGACAACAGCAACUUGUACGACAUCAAAGUUACAGACUGUUGGGCUUACGACGAUGAAAACUUUCCUCUGUCGAAACAAAAGUUACAUCUAAGUGGGGACUCCUCGAACGGCACAAAUAAAGAGUUGUCAACAUGGAAGAAAUUCCGAUCGAGGAAAUUUACAAGUUUUCUGUAUGCUAGUUUCGUUUCGUUCAAAUUCCCUGAGAAAGAUAAAUUAUUCUUAACGUGCGACAUACAGCUUGUAGGCAGAGAACAAAGCUAAACGUGAAUUUGCCAAUAGGGAAACAAGAGAACGGCAUUUGCUUACAUAGAAUCUAUUAUAUUAUAACACAUUUAAUAUACAUAUAAAAAAAGGAAACCUAUUGAGUAACUGCACUAAUGACAUAUACAGGGAGGUUCUCAAUUGUCUCUCUAUAUUUUAGGGUGGAUUCUUAUACAAAUACACAAAUGGAAAUAGUCUCGUAAA